AUGGCUGCUGAUGCAUGCUACACAAACCAUGUUUCUGGCAUCAUCAAACUCGAUGGAUGCAUUCUGAAUAGGGACACCAUUAAAAGGCAUUGUACAGUAUUCUUCGCUCGAGACACCAUGCGAAGAUCGUUAUGCUUCUUCAAUAAGCCUCAAAGACGUUGCAUCGAGAAGCACACUAGAGAGUUAAGAUCAAACCAGGAGUUUCCACGCCACGGAAUUUUACAAAAAUGCCGAGCAGAGCUCACCGAAACAUCCCAUGAAGAGGAAAAGGAAGAAGAUAUUUCUCGAGCAACUUUGAUAUGGAGAGCCAUCAAAUUACCAAUGUACUCCGUCGCUUUGAUUCCUCUAACUGUAGGAACUGCUGCUGCUUAUUGGCAGACAGGUCAGUUUUUUGCCAGGAGGUAUUUCAUGCUCUUGGCCUCUUCAGUGCUCGCCAUCCUGUGGAUCAACUUGAGCAACGACGUUUAUGAUUUUGAUACAGGGGCAGAUAAAAACAAGAAAGAGUCAGUUGUGAAUUUAGUUGGCAGUCGCAUGGGAACUCAUGUUGUUGCUUGGCUUGCACUUGUACUUGGCUACGUGGGCCUUAAUUUGGUAUCAAUAUUGGAGGCUGGAAGUCUGCGUUCAAUGCCAUUAUUUUUUUCUGCUAUUUUUUGUGGCUACAUAUACCAGUGUCCACCAUAUCGUUUGAGUUACCAGGGACUUGGAGAACCAUUAGUCUUUGCGGCAUUCGGCCCAUUUAUCACCGUUGCUUAUUAUAUGCUUCAAAGAACCAAAGGUGAGCUGCCCAUUACUAGCACAGUUGUUGCAGCAUCCAUUCUAGUCGGUUUUACAACAUCCUUGAUCCUUUUCUGUAGUCAUUUUCAUCAGAUCAAGGAUGAUAUGGCUGUCGGCAAAAUUUCCCCUUUGGUCAGACUUGGUACUGAAGCAGGUGCAAAAGUAGUGAAAAUAGCUAUAGUUGCACUCUAUUCACUUCUAUUUAUUUUUGGAGUCGGCCAAAUUCUUCCUUUACCAUGUGUUAUUCUUUGUGGUUUGACACUACCGGUGGGAAAUUUAGUUGUUGGCUUCGUUGAGGAUAACCACAAGGACAAAACAAAGAUCUUCAUGGCAAAGUAUUAUUGUGUGAGAUUGCAUACCAUAUUUGGUGCUGCAUUGGCUGCAGGGCUGGUGGCUGCAAGGAUUUAUGCUAGGAAACCAAUUUUCCUUUGA